AUGCAAGGUGAAGAGUCUGAUGAUGAAGAACUUGACUCUCUUAAAAAACAACCUGAGUUUUCUGAAAAACAGGAAAAUGAAAUUUCUAACGGCAAUAAUGGAAAAGAAAUCUUGAGAUUAAUAAAUAUAUUCUCUUUUAUGAAAUGUCGUGUUAAUAUCCGAAUUGUCGUUAAAGAUUUUGUUCUCGAAACCAUCGCACUCUUUGACACAGGUGCAGAUUCAAAUUGUAUUAAAGAAGAUUUGCCUCAUGCCUUCUGGAAAAAGAAAGAACACAUUGUUGAUCUUCCUUAUGAAACAGAUUUCAAAGAAUCACAAAUUCCUACAAAAGCUCGCCCCAUUCAAAUGAAUGAGCAGCUUUUGCAGCAUUAUCAAAAGGAAAUUAAAGAUCUUUUGGACAAAGGAUUAAUUCGUCCAAGUAAAAGUCCUUGGUCUUGCACAGCUUUUUAUGUCAACAAGCAAGCUGAGAUAGAACAAGGAACUCCCAGGCUUGUCAUCAAUUACAAACCUUUAGAUCAAGCUUUACAAUGGAUUCGUUAUCCUAUCCCAACAAAAAGGAUUUGCUCAAUAGGCUAA